AUGCAGCAAUGUGACAACACCAUGAUGCGCAUCAGCCAGACUGCCAGCGAGCCGCUAUAUAUAGAGCCGCUGGCUGGGAGACCGGCUGAAGCGGCAGCAGCUGGGUGCCUCUGCAACAAGAGGAGACAGCGCAGGCUCGGGCACAGAAGACAGCACCUGGAAAGAGGAGGACGUCCCAGGCUGCUGGACCCUGAGCUGCUGGACCUCCCACUCGGGGUCAAGAUCCCUGUGCCACGCGGCUCCAGGCCUCUCUUCAGCAGGGGAAAGCUGGGGGAAAAGCUUCACCGGCCCUCCUGUACUUUUAACCUGGGAGAUCCAUACUGUCGCCUCUUGAGCACGGAGUACAACUGCCUGCACGACCCACAUCUGGAGGCGUACCACAGGCGCAGUCAUAACUUUAGGAGCCUGAAGAGGGCCGGUUAUGUCACCAGCGAUGGCAAAGUGAUUUGCAAUCUCAAAGAGUUCAAUGAGUACAGGCAAUAUCUGAGCACUCUCAAGCUGGAGGCAAAGAAAAUGUCCAGGCAAGCAGAGGGAAGGCUUCAGCAGCACCUGCCCGAAUUAAAGGAUGCCCCCAAGGUGCCGGGAGCUGUGGACACUUCUCGCCUGGCAGAGCGGCUGCUGCAGCCUCGAAAAACAUCUUGCCCACCUCAACCCAGGAGCAGAAAAGUCUCCCUGAGAUCACGGCGCCAAACGUGCUCCCAACCUGAGCAGGGAGAGGAAGGUGCCAAGCCGCCCCGGAGGCUCAGUAGUGACGCUGACUCCGAGAGGAUUCCGCCAGGCAUCCUUGCAAAUGGUGUGUUCGAAGCUGCAUUUGAACAGCAAACUGCAGGAGGAGCCCAGAAGCUUGAAGAGCUGUCUGAGACUGCAGUGCAGCAAGUGUUGGAGACGGUGAAUCUCCCUAAGAGAGAGCCACAGCCAUCCCAGACGCCUUUCUCAAGGCUGCACCUGGAAGAAGGAGAAGGAUUCCCCGGAGCAUCUGAACAGCAGAGCCUGGAAGCCAGCAAGGGAGCAAAGUUGCCUGUGUUACCACCGCUGCCAAAUGCAGCCGCUGCUGAAGUCUCGCAACUCUGCCACACGAUUGUCAGGGAAAGCAUCCAACGUGCCAUCUCGAGAGUUCAGCAGCGCCAUGCAGAGCGGACUGGCUAUGGUAGAACCGUUGUCCCUGAGGUGCUUGGAACGGGGAAAAAGAAAUUAGAAAUGAAGCCAAUGCCAACAGCCUUAGCCACAUCUUUGGCUCCAAGGACCAUACCUGAUGACAGCGUUGACACUGUAUUAGUGUGGACGUGUGCACCUGGCCUGCACUGA